CCCAUUUCGUUCAAUCCAAUUACUCCUCGCCUCUGUACGGCGUCUACGCUGGUGGUUGCAGCGACGGAGAUGGAGGAAACACAAAAGCUACACAACUUCCUAAAUUGGGCAACCGCUCUCGGAAUUUCAGAUUCUCACUUCAUCCACCUCAACGAACACGAACAACAAAACCCUAACAAUCAUCACACGCCUUCCUGUUUGGGACAAUCUCUCUCUAUAUCCUACUUCCCUAACGCCGGCGGGAGAGGAUUAUGUGCUGUUCGUGAUCUUCAACGAGGCCAGUUGAUACUUAGGGUUCCGAAAGCAGCUUUAAUGACAUCUCAAAACUUAAUGUUGAAUGAUCAUAAGCUCGCUGUGUCGGUUUCUAAAUUUGAUAUGUCUUCUACUCAGAUAUUAACUAUCAUGUUGCUAAAUGAAGUUUCUAAAGGGAAACGCUCUUGGUGGUAUCCGUAUUUGACACAAUUCCCUUCCAAUUAUGAUAUAUUAGCAAGUUUUGAUCAGUUUGAAAUACAAGCUUUGCAAGUAGAUGACGCUAUCUGGGCUGCAGAGAGAGCAUUAGAGAAGACAAAAACAGAGUGGGAAAGUGCCACCGCAAUUAUGGAACAACUUAUGUUCAAACCGCAUUACAUGAGCUUCAAGGCAUGGGUCUGGGCUUCUGCAUCCCUAUCUUCCCGCACAAUGCAUAUUCCAUGGGAUUCUGCCGGUUGUUUUUGUCCGGUAGGUGAUUUUUUCAAUUAUGCUGCACCUGAAGAUGAGCAAAUUCUCUCCGAAGAUGUAACAGCUGCUGACAUGGCUGCCACGUCACUUAGGUUGACCGAUGGUGUAUUCGAAGAAGAAACUGAUGCAUACUGCUUCUAUGCUAGAAAAAGCUACAAAAAAGGAGACCAGGUUUUAUUGAGCUAUGGAACAUAUACUAAUUUAGAGCUUCUAGAACACUACGGUUUUAUUUUAGAUACGAACCCGAAUGACAAAGCAUAUGUUCCUUUACCUUCUGACCUCUAUUCUCUAUGUUCAUGGCCGUUAGAUUCGCUAUACAUUCACCAAAAUGGAAAUCCGUCUUUUGCCCUGCUUUCCGUUACGCGAUUAUGGGCGACACCAACACACUUACAAAAAUCAGUACGACACCUUGCGUAUUCUGGAUCAAUAAUAUCAAAUGAAAAUGAAAUUAUUGUUAUGGAAUGGUUAUCAGAUAAAUGUAGUCUGGUUUUGAAGAAUUUACCGACAUCGAUUGAAGAAGAUGAGUUAUUGUUAUCUGUUACGGAUAAAGACUUUGGGUCAGUGAUGGAGGUUAAGAAUGAGUUGUUGGGGUUGACGGAUGAGAGUCGCACGUUUUUGAAAGUGAACGGUUUGCUGAAAGAUGAAAUUAGUGAUGGUAUGGCUUUGCCGAGAAAGACGAUAAGAUCGAUGGAUAAAUGGAAAUUGGCGAUUUGGUGGAGGCUAAAGUAUAAAAUGAUGUUACGUGAUUGUGUUUCGUAUUGUACAAGGGUAAUAAAUGAUCUUUCUUGAGAACGGCCUAUAUGGAAGUUUGUGUUUCUUUGUGAGUUUUAAGGUUGUUGAUACGAGUAAUAGCUGCUACGCCCCGCUUGCGGUAUGCGCAUAUAAUGUAUGUAUGUGUGUGGGCCAUCGGGGGGCAAAAGUGAAAGUGCACUAAUUUUAACGUUAUUUUACUAAUUUCGUGAAAAUAACGUUAAAAGCUAAGGACGGUUAAUCAUGCAUCAUGUUGGCGUUGAUAGCUGAAAGACAGAAGGGUACAUGCACUAAUCGGUCUUUGUCUCGAUUGCUGAGUGUUAUGUACCUUAUGUUCAAGGCUUGAUGCAAAACUACUAUCGAGCUGGGGGUCUCACUGGAAGCAGCCUCUCUAUUCCUACGGGAUAAAGGUAAGGCUGUCUACAUCUUACCCUCCUAAGACCCUACCUUUGCUUUGCUAUUGGUGGGAUUAGCUGCCAGUCUUGGUGAUGAUGUGGAAGUGAGUCGGGCAAAGAUCAAAAAACUCGUCUUCAUCCAGCAAGAUGAAAAAAAUAGAAAGGAAGAUAUGUCAGCGGGGCACUAGGCUUGAUACAAAAGUAAAAGAGGUAACUGCCAUUUUCGUCCCUGUGGUUUGUUCAUUUUUGCCAUUUCAUUCCAAUUUUCAAAAAUGCACCAGUUUUCCUUUCCUUCCUGACAUAUUGGAAACGUGUUAUUUCAGUCCAAAAAUUCAAACCCAAUUAACUGACACAGGUUUAAUGAAGGGUAUUUUUGUCUUGUA